CAACAAGGUGUUUACUGCCACUUAACGUUAGGAUAGCAUUGGACACACCAAUGUUGAUUCAGAUCACUUCAAAGUACAGUACAUAUCCAUUGUAUCACCACACGUACCGAAGCUUUGGUCUCGUACAUACUGUACCCAACUGACUUUGGGAAUCCCGGAACUUUACACGCGCCACCUCAAGAAUUCAAGUUGUUUCUUUAAACUUGUCUCCUGCCAACCUAUUCCUUAAAACACAUACCUCCAACGGUCAACACACAACAACAUACACACCAAACCUACGGCUAGAAGCCUUACAAUCGUUAAGCAGGUUCUUGAAUAGUCGAUGAGAGUACGUUCGUUCUGAAGAAAAUACAACCUUUUCGACAGAACCGCUUCCCUAAAUUGGAUAUCAAUUCAUUGGCGAGUUUGCGGCGCAGCUAGGCCGCUAGAUAUCACUCGCAUUCGUUCGUUGUCAACGGUCGCCAAGCGAUAUUAGUUGGAGCUUCUUUACGAGCUUAUCUUCCAAGUCUUUGCAGCUCCUAUACAAAUAUGGGUUGGGAGAAUUCCAACAACUACCAGCACAGGGCUGGUCCCGCUUCCUUUCAGGUCAGAGAUACCGAUGGUCCCGUCGAAAUGGUAUCUGGUCCACCACCAUACUACUCGACAGAACGCCCACUACCGCCACGAGGAAACAUGGCAUCCCAACCAGCAGCACCCUGGUGGAAUCCGAAGUCUUGGAGAAAGAGAACUUGGGCCAUUGUUGUUGCAAUUGUAGCUGUAAUUAUCGUUAUCGUCAUUGUCGUCCCGGUAGAGGUUACUAAGGCGAACCGAUAUCCGAAUUACUCUUUCCUCAAUUACAGCCUAUCAGAUACAUACAACGGAACAACUUUCUUCGACAAAUUCGAUUAUUUCGAAGGAUACGACCCGGCCGAAGGUUUCGUUCACUACGUUCCGCAGGCGCGAGCUGCGCAAUUGAACCUCACAUAUGCAAGCACGGAAUCGGCAAUCUUGAAGGUUGAUACCAGUGUCGGCAACACCUCUUCCCCAGAUGCGUCUACUGGACGCUUCUCCGUACGGGUCCAAUCUAAGACUCAGUAUGACAAUGGUCUAUUUAUCUUCGACGUGAAGCAUACCCCCUUCGGGUGCGGAACAUGGCCGGCCUUAUGGCUCGUCGACCCUAACAAUUGGCCGGCUAAUGGAGAAAUCGAUGUGAUGGAAGCUGUGAACAAGGCCACGGAUGGAAAUCAAAUGACGUUGCAUACGACGGAUUCAUGCGAAAUGAAAGUCAAGCGCAAGAUGACCGGUACUUCCAUCGCAACCGAUUGCUACAAUGCCACCAACUCCAACGCUGGCUGCGGUGUUAAAACUGCCGUAGAUACUUACGGUAGUGCCUACAACGACGCCAACGGUGGUAUUAUGGCCAUGGAGUGGCGUAACGAAGGUAUUCGAGUCUGGCAGUUCGGAAGGAACGGGAUCCCAACCGACAUCACGACCGGAAGUCCGGACCCGACCACCUGGGGCGAGGCCGCUGCCGACUUCCCAAACACGGAUUGCGAUAUCGGUUCUCAUUUCAAAAACCAGAGCAUUAUCGUCAACAUCGAUCUUUGUGGACAGUACGCCGGCAAUGUGUACGCUACAAGUGGCUGCCCCAGUAAUUGCACUGACUACGUCGCUAAUAAUCCUACCGCCUUCACCAACGCGUACUGGGAAUUUGGUGCGUUCCAGGUCUACAAGGCUUCCUAAGCGUUGGAGGUCUAUAUGACUUAAUAAUGAUUGGUAUCAUUUGGAGUUGGUGGUUAUUUCCGGUUUGUUUAGGUUACGGUACUAUUACUGGCGGGCGGAGCGAGCGCUGCGAAGCUGACAAGACAUGGAUAGAGGCUUUACGUGGAUUUUCUUAAUCUCUUGAGAUGUGAAUAGGCAAGUAUAUGAGAGGUAUGCUAUACGAUGGGUGGAAGGUCGGGAGGUUGGGGUUUAUGAGGCGGUACUAUGGGAUAUCCAGAGCCAGACUACUAUUACAGUUAUUCGGCUUGCGAGAAAAGCAAGUUAAGAAAAAACCUUUUACGUUUACUGCUUAAUGUUCCUUCCUUUUGGUGCCGACCGAUCUAUUAUCUCGAAUAGCCCGUUAGGCGACCGCGGUGAGACGGCUUCCUAGGCCUAGGAAUAGAGAUACUG